AUGAAGAGAGCAUUCUCUCCCGCAUUGAUGGAAGUGGUAGCCGAGGCAGUGAAUGCUGUGGAUGGAGAUAUCAUGACUGAAAUAAUCACAGAGCUGCCUAUGCAUGGCUUUAAACGUCAGAAAAUCGAGGAAGUCUGUCUGGACGACGGGAUUAUCUACGAGCAGGAUUACAUCCAGCAGCCGGCACCACAUUACCAGAACUUGAUCAUACAACACAUGGACAUAGCAGAACCUCUGUCCACACUGAAGCAUCUGUUGGAAGUGAGGCUGCAGUGCUCACUCACCGGCCAUCAAUUUUUUUUGCAGGACUCUAUUGAGCUGGAUGGAGACAAAAGUUUAGUUGACCAGUGUGUCCAGGGCGAGGGGAUGGUUCAGGUGAAUCUGGAGAUCAAGUCACAGCCGGGGGUCCAGCCGAAAAUUAACAUUCUGGAUAUUCUCAAAACUGCCGAAGAAGAAAUGGAAGACAAAUAUGUUGCAGAAAACGACAUUGAGUCAGACCACAGUCAAGGUUCCAGGGUGGUGCCGUUAUCUGAUGAGACAGAGAAUGUCACAAAAUGGGUUAUUGAUCAGGGCUUUCGUCGAGAUCAGGAGAGGUUGAAGAUUCCAGCUGACCCUUGUCAGUGGAGCGAACUUCACGUCAAGCACUGGCUGCAGUGGGCUGUAAAAGAGUUUCACCUGCAAGGAGUUGACGUUGGUGCCUUCAACUUUGAUGGGGAGCAGCUCUUUACGAUGUCCCACCCGGAGUUUAUACAGCACAUUCCACACGAUCCUGGUGACUUGUUCUGGACGCACCUGGAGUUGCUUCGGAAGUGCAAGUUUGUUGCUGUGAUGCAGCAGCCAAUGCAUACAGUGACAAUUACAGUUCCGUCUGACAUGGAUGGAAGAUACGGAAGAGUGAAAGCAAUUGCCAGACACAGGCCUCGACUGGUGGGUGAAGAUCGGCUAUCUCCAGGAAACAGAACAGGCAACAACGGCCAGAUCCAACUGUGGCAGUUUCUCCUAGAGCUGUUGACAGACAGGAUGUGUCGGGAGGUGAUCACUUGGCUCGGCACUGAUGGGGAGUUCAAGCUCAUCAACCCAGAACUGGUGGCCAGGAUGUGGGGGCAGCGCAAAAAUAAGCCAACCAUGAACUAUGAAAAGCUGUCUAGGGCGCUAAGAUAUUAUUAUGACGGUGAUAUGAUUUCUAAGGUCCACGGUAAAAGAUUUGUCUACAAAUUUGUCUGUGACCUGCAGAUGUUAGUCGGCUAUACGGCAGCGGAGCUGAGCCGACUUGUCGGCGCGGACGAAAUCCAUUUAGUUGACAGCAGCCAGUUGCAGCGUUUUCGCACCAAGGCCACAUAUAUUGCCACAAUGAAGGAGGAUCCCCAGGCAGCCGAGGCCGCUGCACACUUCAUUGAACAACAGAAUGCUGCAAGGAUCAUUGAACACAGAUCACAGAUUGUACAGACUAUGGAAUGA